AUCAUCGAAGAAACGAGUUGUUUCCUGCGGUACACAUGUACAUAGCACCAAAUUAAACGAUGGCUUCUUCAAAGAAGAAGGAUUUAAAGAGCAGUGGCCCUAAGGACAGUAAUUCGGACACCAACGACGAGGACAAAACCGAAUUGUGCCCCGGUUUCAGAGACGUGGACGCUUUUGUUAAACAUGGGUUUGGUGCUGUAUUAUCAGCCACCAAAGCAUCUGCCGGCCUACCUCAAGCUGGGGAUGAAUAUGAUUUCUAUCGGAGCUUCCCAGGAUUCCAGGAGUUCUGUGAAAGUCAAGGAGAUAAGCUCCUGCACUGUAUGAGUCAGAUAAUGCAGCACCAUGGAUGCAGAUCUCACAUGAGAGACCGGAACAAGCUGACAGGGCUGGAGGAGAGGUUCGACUUGGUCGUGGACUCAAAUGACGUUAUCCUCGAAAGAGUGGGGAUUCUUCUUGAUGAAGCUGAUGGGGUGAACAGGAGCCAGCAGCCUGUCAUGCCUGCAGGGUUCCAGCCUCCAAAAAUUGUCGUUUCCAGCUGGAAUCGCAAGGGUUCCAGUCCUAGCAGUCGCUCCGAGACAUUUCGACUGCUCCAUGCCAAGAACAUCACACGACCUCAACUGAAAUUCAAGGAAAAAGUUGACAACAGCAACACGCCUUUUAUACCCAAAAUCUUCAUCAAGCCAAAUGCAGUAAAGCCACUUCCAUCUUAUUUUACCAACAAACAAAUGCGUAAAGAGAGGCCUGAGGACCUUGAUGUCCCAGCUGCACUGGCUGACUUCAUCCACCAGCAAAGAACUCAGGAACAUGUUGAUGACAUGUUUGCACACCCAUACCAAUAUGAACUGGACCAUCUUACAAUACCAGAAAAUCUUCUGUCUAAGCCAGAUCCUCAGAUGCACAAACCAGUAGCUGAGACAAAGUUGUCAUUUGUUGAUACACUGGAGGAUUUGGUAGCUCUAAAUGAAAAGCUGUGCAAAUUGUCUGAAUUUGCAGUGGACCUGGAGCAUCAUUCCUACAGAAGUUUCCUCGGCCUCACCUGUCUGAUGCAGAUCUCCACCAGAGAGGAGGACUUCAUCAUCGACACCUUGGAGCUCCGCAGCGAGAUGUACAUCCUGAAUGAGGCAUUCACUGACGCCUCCAUUGUCAAGGUUUUUCACGGUGCAGAUUCUGACAUUGAAUGGCUCCAGAGGGACUUUGGCUUGUAUGUUGUCAACCUUUUUGACACACAUCAGGCAAGCCGGGCUCUCAACCUGGCCAGACAUUCCCUCGACCACUUGCUAAAACACUUCUGCAAUGUGGACUCAGACAAACGUUACCAGCUGGCUGACUGGAGGGUUCGCCCCUUGCCAGAUGAGAUGGUGCAGUAUGCCCGGACAGACACCCACUACCUUCUUUAUAUCUACGACUGCGUGAGGGUACAGCUUCUCGACUUCAACCACGGACAGCCUGGUUUGCUGCAGAGUGUCUGGAACAAGAGCAGGAGUAUUUCCCUCAAGAAAUAUGUGAAGCCUAUCUACACAGAAGAGUCAUAUUUGGAGCUGCAGAGGAAGCAGAAAAAGUCUUUUAACACCCAGCAGCUCACUGCCUUCAGACUGCUGUUUGCCUGGAGGGACAAACUGGCCAGGCAGGAAGAUGAAAGCACCGGAUACGUCCUGCCCACUCACAUGAUGAUCAAAAUAUCUGAGGAGUUGCCCAAGGAGCCUCAGGGCAUCAUUGCCUGCUGUAACCCCGUGCCCCCACUGGUGAGGCAGUACAUCAAUGAGCUCCAUUUGUUAGUGCAGCAGGCCAGGGAAAUCCCCCUCCUUAAGGCUGAGAUUGCGGCGCAGAAGAAGAAAGGACUCACGCCCAUUAAAAAGCCUGAGGUCCCGUUGUUUGGUCCCCAUGAUACAUCCAGGGUUUCCGAGAGCGACCCCCCUCAAAUUUCUGCUGAUGAACUGCCAGUUAAGCAGGGGAUGCUGUUCUCAGAGGAUGAGGACAAAAUGGACGUGGAUGUACAGAAAGAAAGUGGUCUCGUGGCAUCAGCUAAAAUCACGCUGUUUGAGGAGGUGGAAAUAAAGGAUGACCAGGAGUCAAGCUCAGCGGCUCAGAUGAAAGCCAGACGUAUCGUUGAGUCCUUUGAAAACCCCUUUAGAAUGUAUUUACCCUCCACUGAUGUGCACGUCAACAAAAGUGCCAAGUUUGACCCGUCUUCAAAAAUAUUCGAGAUCAGUAAAAGGUGGAAACUACAGAGUGUUGAACAGCAACAGACUGAAUUAGAGGCCAAGAAGAAAGCCAAGCAGGAAGCCAAGGAAAUGGCGAAAAAGCAGACAGAGGAAAGGACAAAGGCUAAACAGAGUUAUCAGGAGUCUCUCAAGAACGUCGCCACAGUUCGCCAGCAAGUAGCAGAAUCAUCAAACGCCGGCGGAAAGAAAAGAGAGCGGGUCGACAGUGAGGUUGGAGACUUGACUCCCAAACCAAGCAAGAAGUUAAUGAAAUCUGCAGAGAAACCCCAGAAGACAGAAGUAACUCCUCAAGACAGCUUCAAGCCCUUUGACUACAGUCAGUCAGACCUCAAAGUCUUUGCUGGUAACACAUCAAAGGAUAACACACAGUUUGAUCCAAACCGGCAAGCCCACGAUUUUAAGAGAAAAAAAACUCCUAAGGGACAGAAAAACAACACUGGUGCUGGCAACCGAAGUAUGUCGUACCUGCCUGGAAAAUCGGAUCGAGGAUUCCGGCAUAACUGGCCCAAAAGAUAGGCUGUCUUUGAUGCUAUUUUCUGUCUCCAUUUUAAAACCUUUUCACCCUGCAGAAACAGUGUUUGUCUUUUUUUGUCCUUGUUGUGCAGCCAAGUAAAAUCCAGGAUUUCAGAAUUUAAUGAAUUUUGAAUCAAAAAGUGUCUUUUUCUAUCUGCGGAACAGUUUACACUGUAAAUAUGUGUAAGCGCACACCUCCCAAUUAAAGAUUGUUUUUAGAGGUAAA